AUGGAUACAAGAUCAAAGAUCAACAAAAUGUUAUGCAAGGCCGGAGCUGGGGAGCUGCCAUACACGAACCAGUCUCUGGUAGACUUGUUCCUGGUUCCAGUUGCAUAUACCAAAACUUGUUGGCAGAUAGCCUGCAUUGGAUGCAUUCAUAACCCAACUGAGGAGCAAACAAUUGGGUCCUAUCCUAGUAAGGAUGACUCUAUCAGAUGGAUCCUUACCCCUAAUGGCCUCUUCUCAUCUGCCAGAGUCUUGAACCAUUUAAGGAUUCAUACCCUAUCUGUCCCGUGGCACCACUUGGUCUGGCGUCUCCCUGUUCAUGUCAAGGAGGCAAAGAGCAACAGUGAAGAAGGAAAAAUGGGGGACAUCUCCACAGCCAUGAUACAUAUCAUCCUUGAAGAAGCAAAGAUUCCAGAAAGAGCUCCCACAAGGAAAAAGGUAAGGAGUGCAGUGAUACUAUAUCCUCUGAGUUACAGUUUUGGAUUUAGGGUUUUCCUGUAUGUGGAUUUUGUAGAUAAAAUGGCCUCAUCGAGCUCAUACAACCCUCCCUGCGCUGCUUGCAAGUUCUUGAGGAGGAAAUGCAUGCCAGGUUGCAUCUUUGCACCAUACUUUCCACCAGAGGAGCCCCAGAAAUUCGUCAAUGUCCACAAGAUCUUCGGUGCAAGCAAUGUAACUAAGCUCCUCAAUGAGCUUCUUCCUCAUCAAAGAGAGGAUGCAGUGAACUCUCUUGCAUAUGAAGCAGAGGCACGAGUGAGGGAUCCGGUGUACGGUUGCGUUGGUGCCAUCACCUUCCUCCAAAGACAGGUUGAGAGGCUUGAAAAGGAGCUCGACGAAGCAAAUGCCGACUUGAUUCGCUAUGCUUACAAUGAGAUUCCGACUGCGUUGCCUGCACAGCCGGGAGUGAGUUCAGUUCAUCCGAUAGCUCCUCCCCUGAGGCCGGUUGAGUUCAGUAGAAGAAUGGGGAAUGAAGGAGGAGGUUUGUAUCAAACAACUUCUUUCCCCUUUCCCUAUCCUCUUCCAUGGAGUGAGAACCCUUCUGGGGAUAUUCAUGGAGGAGGGGGAGAAAGAAACAUAUGA